ACCGCAGUGGACGGCAGCUGUCAGCUGGACACCUGGCCCGCGCAUCCAGAAGCCGAGUCGUCUUCCAACUGGAGCCUCCUGUUCACAGCUUCUCUUCGGCAACAGGAAGUUAAUACAACACCAAAAACAGCGCGAUGGCAGACUUCAGGAAGAAGAAACUGAUGUACGUCUUCCACGUAUUCUUCGAUGUCAACAGGAGCGGCACGAUUGACAAGAAGGAUUUUGAGAUGGCCAUUGAGAAAAUCUGCCGCAGCCGCGGCUGGGCCGAGGGCAGCGCGGAGCAGCAGAAGACGCGGGGCGCCCUGCUGGAGGUGUGGCAGGCUCUGCAGCAAAGGGCGGACGCCGACAGCGACGGGGAGGUAAGCGAGGCGGAGUGGAUCCAGAUGUGGGACGACUUCGCCAAGGGCGGCGACUCGGCGCUCCACUGGCAGAGCCGCUACCGGGACUUCAUGUUCCAGCACGUCGACGCCUCAGGUGACGGGAGUAUCGACCUGGACGAGUUCGUCAAAGUCUACACCAGCUACGGCAUCUCAGCAGACGAGUGCAAGAACGCCUUCAGCAAGUUCACCAACAAUCAGACUGUGAAGGUUACACCGCAAGUCUUCGAGAAGCUGUGGAGUGAGUUCUUCUCUUCAACGGACCCUCAAGCUCCAGGAAACUUCAUCUUUGGCAAAACUUCAUUCGAUUAGGCCUCUGUAGGAAGUGAGACAGAGGAAGAGGGAAAAUGAUGAUGGAGGAGGGAUGAGAAGACAAAGCAUACGGAAAUGGCCCUCUCUUAUGGAUGUGCACAGCUGAAGAUCCACUAAUCCCAGUGUCGGCAGUUACUGCUCUGCUGUUAUAUGUUAUGAGGGACAGCAAUGGUAUCCAUUGGUCACCAGGCAGGGCCAUCUCUUCUGCUGUUUGCUCCACACAUCCAUGACCCAGACUCUCUUAAAUUCAUGCAACAAAAAGGAGAAGACAUAUAAGUGCAUAUUACUGUCAUAGACAUAGGCCUGUACAAAUUAUCACUAUUGUUUUCAUUCUGUUAUCAAAGUAAUGUUCCCCACGCGAGUUCCUCACACACACACACACACUCCGUUAACUUUAUCUGGACCUGACACACAAUUAUUCCUCAA